AUGCAACAUCGUGAACUAGAGUUUGCAGUAGGUGAAAAGGUGUUCCUAAAGGUGUCACCAAUGAAAGGAGUUAUGCAGUUCGGUAGAAAGGGUAAGCUUAGCCCUCAUUUUAUUGGCCCAUACGAGAUUUUGAGAAGAAUUGGGAAAGUGGCUUACGAGUUGAAGUUACCAUCUGAGAUGGCUAUGGUGCACCCUGUGUUUCACAUUUCGAUGCUGAGGUUAAACAAGCCUGACUCUUCUGAUGUCUUGAAUCAUGACGAGAUUGAAAGCAAUGAAGGGUUGUCUUAUGAAAAGGAACCUGUACAAAUCAUGGAUCUUCAAGUUAGGAGGUUGAGAACGAAAGAUGCGGCUUCGGUUAAAGUCCUGUGGAGUAAUCAUACUAGUGAAGAAGCUACUUGGGAAGCCGAGGAGGACAUGAAAAGAAGAUACCCUUAUUUGUUCCUCGCACAGUAUGUCUUGAACCUUUCGGUUGGGUUGUCCUGUAAAAGUUUAGAGUGGAGUGUGAAUCACACUAUUGUGUUUAGGCUUGAAUGA